ACGCCACUUCCGGUUCCGGCGCUCAGGUGACGCUAAGGCCCGCGUUCACCUAACCCGGAUUGGCUGCCGAGUGAUGGCGGUGGAGCUGUCGUGCUUCUUGCUGUUCCUCGGGCUCGCGGAACGCGGGUCGGGGACUGCGGAUGCCGUCAAGAUGAAGGUGGUGGAAGAGCCCAACACGUUCGGGGUGAACAACCCCUUCCUGCCCCAGACCAGUCGCCUCCAGCCCAAGAGGGAUCCCUCGCCUGUGUCUGGGCCCAGGCACCUGCUCAGACUCUCCAGCAAGUGCUUCAGUCUGGUGGAGUCCACGUACAAGUACGAGUUCUGCCCCUUCCACAAUGUCACCCAGCACGAGCAGACCUUCCGCUGGAAUGCCUACAGUGGGAUCCUAGGCAUCUGGCAUGAGUGGGAAAUCGCCAACUACAGCUUCAUGGGCAUGUGGAUGCGCGAUGGUGACUCCUGCGGCUCCAGGAGCCGGCAGGCUAAGGUGGAGCUCACAUGCGGGAAACGCGACAGACUGGCCCAGGUGUCAGAGCCUAGCACCUGUGUGUACUCACUGACUUUCGAGACGCCACUCGUCUGCCACCCCCACGCCUUGCUAGGUGGGACCUGGUGCCAGGUGUACCCGGUGCUGCCUGAGACCCUGCAGCAGAGGUGGGACCAGGUGGAGCAGGACCUGGUGGAUGAGCUUAUCACCCCGCAGGGCCACGCAAAGCAGCUGCGGUCACUCUUUGAGGAGGCUGGCUACUUGAGGGCCCACAAGGACAGUGACCCAGCCUGGCUGGAAGAAGUCUCGUGGGGCCAGGCGUUCGAGACCCUGGAGAGCUGCACUCAGGCAUACAAGGAUCUGUCCAAGGAAGUGAAGAGGCUGCAAGGGUUAUUGACCCAGCAUGGCAUCUGCCACACAAAGGCAGCAGAGACUUCCAGCUCCCAGCACUUGGGCCAAGAGGCCCCCACACACGGGCCCCCAGCACAGCUGCGCAGAGACCCGGGACUUCACAGGAACACCCUGUGAUCUGGCGAGGAG